CCCUACAUACAUACAUACAUACACACACAGACACAUACCUCCAGUUGACCAGCACAUCCGUUUUCCCCGCCACUACUGCUGCCUGCCCUGCCUAGAAAGCCAGGAACUGCGGACGACUGAUCGCUCGUCGCGCCCAUCCAUUUUUUUGCGCCUCUCCACCUCCCAGCUACAUAGUUACGAAAACGACUAAGCGUCGCUCUCGUUCGCGCCCCAAGAUAAGGCGAGUCGUGAUUAUUGAUCCGCCUGCAGUCAACCUUGACUCACCGCCCCGCGAUCUACCCGUCCGUGAUUGGGGCACUGCGCGACCGCCGGAAAGGGAAGGGCUGCCUGAGUCACCGCGUAAAGCGAACGAGUCACCUUUCUGCCCUUCUGCAUUGAGCUCAUAAGCACAUCAACACGGCCCUCCCGGACUUUUGCACCAUGGCCUAUCUCUCUUCUUCCCCCACAACUUCCUCCACUCCUACCACUACUUCUUCUACCUCCUCCCCCCUCUCGACCUCCUCUACCACCAACAUCACUCCCAGCUCCUACUUCUCCUCUCUCGUCCGGAGGCGGCAACAAAAGAAAAUGAGCAUCACCCAGACCUACUACCUCGCCCACACCGCCCGCAAGAAGCUCACCCGGGAAGCCUCGCGGGCGGACCAUGACCUCCGCCUCCUUGUCGGCCAUGCCAACCUCCUCGAUUCUCUCAUGCUAGAGCUGGCCGAUGCCGAAAGGGAACAGGAACGGUGGUUCAACCAGACCGUGAGCGGUGUGACCAAGACCUCGCAAGGUUCAGAACCCCGACACAUCCAAUGGGCGGAAACCGUGGUUGAGGACCCCGAGGACGACUGGGACCCCGAGGACGUCUCCGAUGCCGACUCUGAUGUCAGUGAGGACGACUCCGACUACGAUGAAGAUGAAUACGAAUAUGAAUCCAACCUCUACACACCGGUGCGCCGACGGGCACCAUCGCCCGUGGCCAUCAUCACCGAGAAGGAAGUGGAGGAGGACUACGACUCGGACUCGGACUCAGACUUUGAGUACGAUGACGCGGAAGACUUGGAGGAAUUGACUUUGACCCGCUCCCCCUCACGACAGACUCCGCCCGAGUUGUUGUCGGACUCCGAUGGGGAAUCAGAGGACGACACCAUGCCACCGUCGCCUCCCCAACCGACCCUCGAAACAUUUGACGAGAAGGAACCACAAACCACUGAGAUCCCACUGUCGCCGACAGAGCUCGAGAGUGGGUAUUACGUCCCUGGCCAGGCACGCAGCACGAUUAUCGAAGCGUACUGAUCGUGCCUUGCUGAUUGACGGCCACGUCAAUGUACCAUACGUGAUACCCCCUAAUGAAUUGUUCUGGAACGGUUGAUUUUGUUUGGGCGAGUUGCCACUAUCAUAGCGGGUCCGGCGUUUUGUGACAAAGAAAAAGGAAAUUUUGGUUGGCUAUUGUGAUUUGACUACUGUUUUGCAUUGCCUGUGAUGGCAUUUACUUUGCAUCAGGGGUUGCCCCCCUUUGCAUGCCCGAGCGCUUGGGCAUUGAUUCUCUACUCUUCUGGAUGGGAUGGUCCCACAAUUAGGCCGCUUGAAUAGACGGCCGCAUUUUCUGUUCUAGUGUGCAGUGCCUCUUCUUGAGGCAUAGUAUAUGAGAUUUACGAUGAAUACAUAUUACUAGAACACACUUUGAGUGCAUCUAAUUAAGACUUGUCGAGUCGAUUUUCACCGUAGAAAAACUAUGUCAGUUCUCGCUGCAGCCCACAUGGCCGUC